UCUCCCCAUUUCCUAUAUUUCCACCAUUUUCAUUCACUCUCUCUUCUCUUUCCCUUCUCCCUUUUUUAACUUCAACUCUCUCUCUCUCUCUCUUUCUGGAUUUUUCUUUUCACACCCAACUCCCCGCUCAAUAUGGUGUUGAAGGACGAGUGGUUUUGUGCCGCCAUGGCCGAUGACACCGUCGUCGUUGAGUUACUCGUUCGUCUCAAGCAGUCUCAAGCCUCCUCCUCCAUUAAAUCUCCCGUUAUUCCCUCCAGAUGGGGUCUCAGGCAACGCCGUUCCAGGAUUCUUUCCCCUUUCCGAUUCGAUGCCGUUUCUCACAAGAAUAAGGACUCUACCUCCACCAGAUGCAGCCCCACCACACCUCUCUCUUGGAGUGGCGAUACAUCUCCCUCUGCUACCGCCGAUGGAUUCGAAGAGUCCAGUCAUCCGUCCGAAUUCUCCCUCUCCUCCAGAUCCAAGGGUUGUGGUAUUAAUGAAUUUAGUUCUAGCACUGCCAUGGCCAAGAGGUUAAAAAGAAGGAAGGCAUUGGCUGAUCUGAGAGUGGAGGAGUCUUUACUUUUGAAGGAAAGGGUACAUCUCAAAAAGGAGUUGGAAAGCUUACAUGCGACGUUCAAGGAACAGACUACUAACAAUGAGAAGUUGAAGAAAAUGAAGCUCAAUAUGAAUUUCAAUACAUCAUCAGAUCAUCUUCGGGACAUGUCGAAGCCAGUAGCUUCCAAUCAACAGUGCCAAAGGGCGGAUCCUACAACUGAAAGUGUUCCUGCAACUUUACCGAUGCAAACUGCACCUGGAAACAGUUCACAAUCAGAAUCAAACAACAGGCAGGAAAUAAAUUCAAUGGAAAGUGGUGGUGGUUUCUUUCUACCUGAUCUUAAUAUGAUCCCAGCUGAGGACUGUCUCUGAGUUUCUCAUUGAUCUUGAGCUGAAGACGUGUUUCGACUCUUCAUCAAGAACGUUACUUCACGAUAAACGACUUGUCCCAAUGUCAAAUGAAGAAUAAUUUACUGGAGGUCGUUUUUCCCCAAGAUGAUUCUUGAGGUCAUAAAGGAGAUUUUGACCGAGUCAUUAGAAUUUCAAAACCGGGGAGUUCCUUCUGUUGCUGUUUUGAAAUUCUUUGGAGUAGAAUACCUUAUUGAAAUUCAUUUCAAUAUUGUAGGAUCAAACAUGUUUGAUUCUUUGUAGGUAAAAAGAAAAGCUAAUCAAAACUUGUUCUAUGCUGAAACGUUUGCUCUCUCUAUUCAACCCAAUUCUUAUUCUAUAUUUUCAGGAAAGCCAUCUAACUGACAUUGUUUAACUAUCAAUCUCCUCGAGCUGCUGUUGCUGUUAACAUUUCGACAGAGCAAACCUUUGUAAUGGUUUCUUUAACAUAUUUGAUUUGAUUUUUGUUCUUUCUUUUUCUAAA